AUGCAGCCGCACGCCCUGAUGCUGCUGGGUGCUGCCGAGCUCCUGAGCCUCAACUAUGACCCCUGCGCCGCCGCCGCCGGCCCUUGGGUGCCGUAUUCUUCAUAUCCCGGAAACACUGCCUACCUGCCCGUGUGCCACGAUACGGUGGUGCCGCUCUCAGAUGGUGUGGACGACCCACAGCCCACAGCCGCCGCCACCUCUGCCCUCCUGGCCUCGCGAGGCGGCCCCAUCAAGUGUGACUGGCUGCAGCAGCUGCCCGCCGCCGCUGCCACCGGCAUUGCGGGCAGCGCCGCCUCCUGGCCGGCGGGCGGCGGCCAGCACAGCAGCGGCAUGCCAGAGCCCGCUGCCAGCCUCGACACCGCCUCCAAUCUCACCCAGGCGGCGUGCCCCUGCACCAGCAACACCAGCAGCGGCAGCGACGGCAGCAGCGCCAGCGCCUGCGCCGCGGCCGCCAACCUCGGCGGGCUGGCUGCUGCUGCGGUGGCGGGCCUGCAGCUGGGCCCGGCCCCGCAGCAGCAGCAGCAUGCGCAGCAGGUCCAGGCGGAGGAGGGCCCGCCGGAUGCCGCCCCCCCGCCGCAGCCGGCCACCUCACGUGGCAGCAGCGGCAGCAGGGGCAGCGGGCGCAGCCCUGCCGAGUGCGGCGCCGGCCUGGGGCCCCGCGGCGGCGUGCAGAAGAAGCAGCGGCAGGAGGCUGCGGGGGCGCCCAUGGCACGCAAGUACUGGGAAUGCGAGCUGACGAUUGAGAUCCUUGAGGAGCAUGGCUGCUUUGACAUGACGCAGGCGCGUGCCGCUCGGCAUCUGGGCUUCUCCAGCCCCACCACCCUCAAGAAGGCCAUGUCAAGGCUGGGCAUCAAGCAGUGGCCCAACCGCAAGCGCAGCACGGUUCGCGGCAUGAUUGCGGGGCUGGAGUGCUACCUGCCGCAGUACAGCGGCCCGCCAGCCAGGGUGGCGGCGGUGCUGGAGGGGGUGCGCCGCGAGAUGGCGCCCUUCCUGCGCAGCCACACAGGCUCCAUUGAUCUGCCGCAAGAGGUGACCGCCUGGCGCCAGGUGGUGUACAAGCUGAAGAAUGAGGAGAAGGACACCGAGAAGAAGGAGAAGAUGCGGCCGGAGGUGGAGCGGCUGAUGCAGACGCUGGAGGAGCGCUUUGCGCCCAGCUGGGGCAGCUGA